AUGCCGGGGACUAACAGUGAGAUGAACAAACACGGGCCCAUCUACUUGGGAUCGCAUGAGCUGGACGACAAGCAUGCGUCUCACAUAGACGGGAUCGAUUAUGAUCCAGAGGAGACGAAUUUUGUUUCCAGUGAACCGAGAUAUCAUCGAUGCCGACGGAGGAACCCCUGGCGGAAGCUAGCGAGGACAGUAAUGACCAUUGGCUGGAUCGGCAUGAGCAUUUACAUCGGUCUGAAGCAUUUCUACGUUGAUGAACAAAAGAUGCCCUCAAGUCUUCCCCUACAGCCUCAAGCGGCACCGGCCAUCUGCCAAACGCCCCAAUGCAUUCACGCAGCCUCGGAGAUCCUCUACAAUCUGGCCCCAAACCGCGCCAAGAUAGAUCCCUGCACAAACUUCGAUGAAUAUGUCUGUGGUGGACUGCGCAAACUCGCCUUCGACACAUCCUGGAACGCUCUGAACCCCCCCGAUGCAGCCGACAAGGGCAACUUCAAGAAGCUCAAAGAUGCUUAUAACGCUUGCCUGGACACAGCUACUCUCGAACAACGCGGGGCCGAGCCGUUGCUUCACACAUUGGGCGAAUUGCAGAAGGUCUACCCUACUGGCAAGGGAGCUUCUGGUUCUGGAGAUCAUUUGACUGAGGCCAUUACUUUCCUCAUGAGAACCGGGACGGACGCCCUGAUAUCUCCAGGUAUUACGCCCGAUGACCGAGACCCUGAUAAUGUUGUCAUCUCCGUGACGCCGCCUCGAGAAAUUGGACUCUCUGCCCGGGAAUACUAUAAUAACACGGAGACGGUGGCUAAGUAUACUGCCGUUCUCAAGGAUAUCUUCACGCGUUUCAAGGUCGAUAACUCUGACCAAGUAGCAGAGGAUGUCGUCGCCUUCGAGAAAAAGCUGGCAGAUGUCACACCUGAUACUGCUACCCAAGAGGAUGUCACCAAAUCAUACAAUCCGCUCAGCAUCAAGGCAACAGAGAACCUUGUCCCUCAAAUUGCCCUGUCAAAAAUUGUUCGAGAACUAGCCCCCAAAGACUACAAGAAAGACAUCGUCAUUGUGGGCUCGCCAUCUUACCUAAAAGCCUUGGCCGGAAUUCUCGAUGACACCCAGAGAAACACAGUGUCACUCUUCUUACAGUGGAAACUCAUUCAAAAACAUGCUGAUGCCAUUGAAGACGAUCGAGUGACGCCGCUCACUCGUUUCAACAAUGUGCUUGCUGGAAAGGACCCAGCUGCAAAGGCAGAGAGGUGGCGCACCUGUAUCAAAUCUCUCGAUGAGAGCUUGGGCUGGAGUCUCAGUCGGUUCUAUGUGCUGGAUUCAUUCCCAGAGGAGUCCAAGAAACUCGGGGACCAAGUUGUCUCAGACAUCAAGGAGCGCUUCGUUUUCACUUUGGAUCAGACCGAGUGGAUGUCUCCCGAUGUUCGGAAGCUGGGCAUCAAGAAGGUGGAGAACAUCGUCCAGAAAGUCGGGUUCCCAACCAAGAGCCCCAACGUGCUGGAUCCAAAGGACGUGGAGAAGUAUUACCAGGGCCUUGAGGUGUCCAACAGUACUUACUACGAGAAUCUCCUCGCUGUUGCCCAAUUUUCGCUCGAAUUCGACUGGGCCAAGCUAGGCAAGCCAACCGACCGCAAUGAGUGGGACAUGACCGCGCCCACUGUGAACGCCUACUACAACCCACCAGGGAACGAGAUCGUCUUUCCAGCCGGCAUCAUGCAACCUCCGGUAUUCUAUGGACCGAAUGCCCCUCUAUACCUGGCGUAUGGUGCAUUUGGCGCCGUUAGUGGCCACGAACUUUCCCACGCCUUUGAUUCUACCGGUCGGCAUUAUGACCAAAACGGUAAUUACACAGACUGGUGGGACUCGAAGACCGUGGACUCUUUCGAAGAGCGGGCUCAAUGCUUUGUCGAUCAAUAUUCCAACUUCACGGUCGACGGCCCCGGAGGCAAGGUUCUGCAUGUAAAUGGACGCCUCACGCUGGGUGAAAACAUUGCUGACGCUGGUGGCUUGACUGCCUCGUACCACGCGUGGAAAAAGCGCGAUGAGGCAUCCCCCGACAAACAUCUGCCUGGAUUAAGCGAAUUUACCAAGGAGCAGCUAUUCUUCAUCGCAUACGGCAGCUGGUGGUGUGGCAAGGAUACCAAAGAGGCUGCAGAGAAGUCCAUAUAUAACGACCCUCAUGCGCCCAAGUCCGCUCGGAUUAUUAAUACCGCGGCCAACUCUCGGGAGUUCAAGGAGGCCUUCCAAUGUCCGGACAAGACGCCGGUCUGUAAACUCUGGUGA